AGCAUCAAUUAUGUUCCGUUUCGAUUUUAUUGCGGAUUGUUAAAAAUUAGAGGGAACAAUAUUGUUCGGAAACGAUACAUCUACCACUGCCAAUCGAAACUUUAAGUAAACUGCAGCAAAAACAUAUUCUACAUUUUUUUUGUAUUUUAGUAUGGCUUACAUCAGAAAAUCAAACAGUCGCGCGGUAUAAACUUUAAUUGUUUAAAAAGUUGAAUUAAGACAGUUAAUAUUGACGCCAGCCCACUAUUUGCUAAAUGGAACAAAUCUUAAACAGGGAACAGCGCGCUAUCACCGAAAAUGUUACGAGCACAGAGACCACCUAUAUUUUCGAAGUGCAAGAGAACAAUAGACUUGACAAUUUGCGAAAUAACAUGAAGACAGGUGUGUGGCAAAUUUUUCCAUCGGUUUGUGCUUCAUUGGCUGGAAUUCCUUUUGGACUGAUGCUAGGAUGGCCGUCGCCCACCUAUCACACUUUGCUCCAAUCAGACUCACCCAUUCCCAUCACCCUGGAUCAAAGCGCCAUGGUAGCUGGAUUCCUUAUGUUAGGAAUGUCUUUUGGAACCCUGUGGUCCUCCAGGCAAAUAGGCCCAGGCUCAAAAUACGGAAUAGUCUUAGGCAACGUUCUAGUCCUUGUCGGCUGGGUGAUCAUGUGGCAAUCCCGAGACGUGUUUUGGUUACUUGGAAGCAGGUUUACCAUUGGUUCCGGUUAUGGAUACGCUUUAGGACAAAUAAAGUGUUACAUACAGGAAAUGACUGAUAAAGAGAUGUCAGUUGUUCUGACCAAACUACUCACUUUUUAUGCACUGACAGGAUUUUUCCUAGCGUUUGCAAUCGGAACGUUUAUCGACUUCCGACGGUAUAGUUUAAUAAGUUUAAUUAUAACAGUAUUUAUUCUAUUCCUAGCAGUAUUUUUACCUUCCACGCCAAAGGAAUUAAUUAAAACCAAAAAACUAAACGACGCCAAAAAACUACUAGCAUUUUUGAAACCAAAUUUAGAUCCUCAGCAAGAAACAUAUUCAAUCAUUGAAAAAAUGUCACGUGAAAGGGGAGGUAACGCAAUCGCUGAAAUAUACCGUAACAGAGAACUUAGAAACAAUUUUUUAAGAUUCAGCAUGAGUCUAUUUUUUCAACAAUACAGUGGCGCACCACCCACAUUAGUAUAUACAGAAGUUAUAUUCAGGGAAUCCCAUGUCCCUUUUCCUGAAUACUUCGCUAUUGUAUACGCUUUUUUAUUUUUACUAGCAAACAUCUUCGGUGUCUAUGUUUCAACAAAGUACAAUAAAAGACGUGUUUUAAUAUUUUCUAGUUGUAUUACACUAUUUUUGUAUAUAUGUAAAAUUUUCGUAAUAUAUAAUAAAGUCAACGACAAGUAUUUCUCAUAUACUACAGUAAUAAUAAUGUAUUUAUUUAUAAUAUUUCAUACAAUAGGUUUAGGUUCUAUUCCAUUUACUUUUAUAUCUAACUGGUUUCCUCCUAGUUGCCAGUUAUUCAUGACAAAAUAUUUUACAAUUUUACAUUGCAUUUUUGCAUUAACAAUAACAAAAGUAUUCCAGGUUUUAUUAGGCAAUUUUGAUCUAUACAUAUCUUUCUGUCUUUUUUUACUUUUAACAUUACUUGCUAUUAUUUUUAUUAUUAUUUUUAUACCAUCCGAAUAUUCUUACCAAUCAGAUAUACAAAAAAUUAAACCUAAUAUAAAUUCAGACUUUGUAGAAAAAGCAGACAUAAAAUAAAAACAAUAAAAAAUAAAUUA